AUGGAAAAGCGUUACAUUAUGUCAUCCAUGUUACUUUGGCUGCUGCGCAGCUUAAUUGGCUGGCAGUGGGUACCCGCGGAUGCUUCCCGCAUAGUCGGUGGUCACUUUGCCGAACCGAACCAAUUUCCCCAUCAAGUUGGUUUGCUUUUGCGUGGAAAACUGUACUGCGGCGGUUCGGUAAUCGGAGAAAACUGGGUCCUCACGGCGGCUCAUUGUUUGUUCGAUAACGGAAAGCCAUACCCUGCGCAAUCUUUAACAGUCGUAGCUGGAGUGUUGAACAUCAGUGACUCCAACAACAGCGGUCAGUGUCUGGCAGUGCAAAAUUUAUAUCCUCAUCCUGGUUACGGAAAUGCGUUCGACGAUAUUGGAUUGGUUGAAACGUCGCAGAAAUUUAUGUUCGGAGCCGAUGUCAAGCCAAUUUCGGUGAGAAAAAGUUGGCUUCCGGAUGAAACGGAUAUGGUUAUUUCAGGCUGGGGUAGAUCCGGUUCAGGAGAGCCGACAAGUGAUCGAUUGCAGUACACGACGGUGCGGUCGAUCCCUCUGCAAGAGUGUACCGAUUGGGUUGGAAUCACGUACCAUGGGAUCAUCUGUGUCGUUGCUAGUGAAGCAGACGAACAUGGACCGUGUAAUGGUGACUCUGGUGGACCAGCUGUGGUUAAUAACGAGCUCGUGGGAGUUGCUAAUUGGGUCUACAUCACUUGCGGAAACAACCCAGCGGGAUAUGCCAAUGUUACAAAUUUCUUAGAGUGGAUCGAAGAGCAUGUGAAUCCUUAA